UCAGCUCUUAUCUUCUUACCGACAUGUUUCCAGCUGCAAACUUUUUGCUCGGAUGAAAGUUUGCUGUGAGGAAACUGUGUCAGUCCUCUGCUCGGUGAAGGCGCGGCGGAGCUGCGCGCUCGGCUGAGCAGCGCCGAGGGAAGCAAAGCGCGGAGAGGCAGAGUUCAGCAAAGUCACGACUAAAGGACCGGGGGAUUCAUUUGUCCGCCUUUAAGGGUCACCUCCACAGGGCCACUUUUGUGUGGCUUGAGUGAAAGAGCAGCAAGCACCUGCAGGGCCCCCAUCAGCGGCCCGAACCCCAUUACUGCAGUAUGGGCAACUUUUCCAGCAAGGACGGCCAUGCACCCACAGGGGUCCAUGGGGACAGUUUCCACACCCCUCCUGCUUCUCCACAGGGUGAUGGGCCUCCUUUCAUGGUCGGUGUCCCCCAGCUCCUUCACCCUACCUCACCUCAGCCUUCCUCUGCAGCCCCAGCUUCAUCUCCACCUCCAGUCCCACUCCUCACAUCCAGUGGGAAGAAAGCACAGUCCAGCAGCAGCCCUACCGCUUCCAGUCCCCCUCCUAACUGGAGGCCUCAUCCACCGGUGAGCUCAAACAGCUCCAGUGUCGGCCCUGGAGUUAGCUUGGUGCACAACAAGCCAGGAAGUACUGCAGCUAAAGGACAAGUUGCUUUGGGGAGGAAUGGGGGUCCUCCUACCUCCGUCCAUCGGACUGUGGUCUCUGAGGUGCAGCCUGUGGCCAGCAGCCCUACAAAGAGCCCCUCUUCCCUGGGUGGUGCCUCACCUGUGGCGAGCAGUUCUUCGGAGCAGACCUGGAGCGAAAGGGACAGUGGCCUGAGCCAGUCUUUACUGCCUGGUCAUGAAGCUGGGGACAGCCAGGACGAAGAGCUGGAGAAGCUGCUGGAGGAGUGUAGGACAACACUGGGUAUCACUGCCAGUCAGGACAGGACCACAAACACAGCAGAGAUACUGAAGCAUCUACUGACAGAAGUGAAGAGUUUGAAGAGCACUCUGCAGACGGAGCGUGGGGAAUGGCUGCAGUUCCAGGCCGACCUGCAGGUGGCGGUGGCGGUGGCAGACCGCCUGAGAGCCGAGGCAGAAGAAGAGCUGACUGCGCUCCGAACGGCGCACAAGGAUGUGGAGAGGGAGCUGGUCGCGGCCCAGCAGAGGCAGAAGGAGGCUGACAUGCACCUGGUCACCCUGAGAGGGGAGUUAAAGGAGAGCAGGCAGAGACUGGCUGCCUUCACACAGGUUCCGUGUCAGGAACCAGAGAGGCCACACGGAGAACCCAACAACAGCUCUGAAGGCAAAGAAGGAGCCCAGAGGGGCAGGGAGAGGGGCGUGCACAGGUUGGGGCGGGAAGCGAGGGAAAGCAGGAGUCACAAUGAGUUCACGAAGAAUGUUGCGAGCGAGGAGGCCAGAACGGACUGCAAAGGUGUGACCAAGCGUUACCUGAGAAAUGUGACCAAUGAGGACAGGAGCGGAGAGGAGGUGCGAUCCAGCGAGACACGGAGGGUGGUAACCACGGAGAGGUCAAGAAGCCUGUCCAGACUGCCUUCUUCCUCAGACUCCCCCGCCAUGCAGAAUGGAACUUCCCAGUCCAAUACUACUUUAACACUCGGCCCUACGAACAAGAACUUGGGGCAACUACGAGGCCAAAGAAGUCUGGAUUGGCAGGACGGCAGGCCAAGCACUGACACAGGAAAACGUGAGGAGUCUCUAAACAAGUACAACUCUGCCCUCACUGAGCUGCCUCCCAUUAAGUCCCAGGAUGGUUUCAACCUGCUGCUGCGGCGCCACAGAGGCUCCAAGAGAAACUCGCUGCUCCGCUGGUGUCAGAGCCGAACACAAGGCUACAAGAAUAUUGACAUCACCAACUUCAGCAGCAGCUGGGCCGAUGGUCUCGCCUUCUGUGCUGUCUACCACACCUACCUCCCCUCGCACAUCCCUUACAGCAUGCUUACCCCAGAGAACAAGAGGGAGAAUCUCAGCCUGGCAUUCAAAACUGGAGAAAGUGUUGGGAUUGCACAAACCCUGACGGUAGAGGAGAUGCUGAGAGCAGGCGGUCCUGACUGGCAAAGGGUCCUGAGCUACAUGGAGAGCAUCUAUCGUCACUUUGAGAUGUGACUGUUGGAGGUACUGACAGACAUCCCACCAUAGUGGAUCCUUAAGGACCCCUCAAAGAAAACUAUAUAAGUUGUUUAUAAUGAUGGCUGCCUGAAUACUUUACUAUACCUUUGUUGUCUGGAAACUGGAGAAACUGAUGUUCUUCUGCUAGCAAAAAAAAAAAAGGCAUUCAAAGCUGCAGUUUGCAACUU